AUGACUCGCGUAGGCAUCUGCAGCUCUAGGUUCUUUCUGACUAAGAAAUCAAGCAAAUACUCAGCCUCUGGCAAUUCCAUUUAUUCAAAGGCAAAUGGAAGCCUGCAACUGGAGGCUCUUGUGUGUUCCAACAAAGGACCUAUAUUGCCUAAGGAAAUGGUGUUUCCUCCUACAAGGUACAAUCUUGGCUUCUCUGCCAUGAAGGGGGUUGUUCCUAGAAAUGUGCUCCAGAGACUUUUCUAUUUAACCAGGAUACAAAUUGCAUUGUUACAUAAUUCCCCUGCUGAGGCCCUAUGA